CUCCUGAGUCCACGCGACACACGUGGGACUCGAAUUAAACUAAAACAGAGAGUAAGCUGAGGUUGUUAGGCCUAUACAAAAACAAUACUGCUUUAAACACAAGACAAGCGUUAAUUGGAAUCUGCGAUAUUAUCCAUGGGCAAAAGUAAACAGAAAGGAAGCGGAACAGGAAAUAGAGACUCGGCCGUGUUCAAAAUCGCCGGCGUGAGGAAACCCAAGAUUAAAUCCGUCAACACCAAUCUGAAGAAGCUGAAUUUCAAAAAUAAACAGAAAACUGAAGAAUCCAAUAAAAUCUUCGAUUCUGUACAAAAAGCCAUCACCGAGACCACAAAACCUGCGAAAGAAGCACAAAAGAAACAGUCGACCUCUUCCAGAAAGCCAUUACCAGAUAUGGAAGAAACCGCUAAACAGUUUGCUCAGCUAUAGCGGUACAAGGAGAGAUGACUCUUACUCGUACACUGACCAGCUCAAAAAGAAACACAGAACUCAUUGUUUUCACCAUGGAAU